AUGAGGCCGAAGACGGACAUCAUCAGCAAGCUCUGUGCCUGCUACUCAGAGCUAGAAGUUUCCGAAAAUGGAACCGUCGACAGCUGUGAUCAACACGAUCGCGUUCUACCUAAAAUUCGGGAAGGAUGCAAGGAAUUCAUCAUACCCGAUUCCACUCUCAAGCAAGUGAUGGCAAAAUUGAGAACUGAAAUAGAUAAGGGCCUUAAUCCAAAAACAAAACCUUCCUCUUCUGUAAAAUGCUUUACUACAUAUGUACAGGAUCUCCCAUCUGGAGAAGAAAAUGGUAAAUUUCUUGCUUUGGAUCUUGGAGGAACUAAUUUCAGAGUUUUACUGAUUACAUUAAAUGGCAGACAUUUUGAUAUGCAGUCUAAAAUAUAUGUUAUACCCCAGGAUGUAAUGGUUGGAACCAGUAAAAACUUAUUUAACCACAUAGCAGAAUGUCUUGCUGAUUUCACUACAGAGCACAAAGUGAGCAAAGAUAACCUACCCCUUGGGUUCACAUUCAGUUUUCCACUGAAGCAAGAAGGUUUAUCAAGGGGUAUCUUACAGAGGUGGACUAAAGGCUUUAAUUGUCCUGAAGCUAUUGGUGAAGAUGUUGUAGAACUUUUGAGGGAAGCUAUCCAUUCUCAUGGGAAUCUUCACAUUGAUAUCAUGGCCAUACUGAAUGACACAACUGGAACUUUAAUGUCUUGUGCAUGGAAAAACCAUAAUACUAAAAUCGGUGUAAUUCUCGGCACGGGAACAAAUGCUUGUUACGUUGAAAAAAUAGAAAAUGUCAUAGACUUUGAUGGAGAUAAAUCUAAACCUAUUGUCCUCAUCAACACUGAGUGGGGAGCAUUUGGUGACAAUGGUGAACUUGACUUUAUCAGAACUCAGUUUGACAAAGAAGUUGAUAGCCACAGCAUCAAUCCUGGAUCACAGAUACAUGAAAAACUUAUCUCAGGCAUGUAUCUUGGAGAAAUAGUGAGGCUUCUCUUAGUCAAGUUCAUUUCAGAGAAUCUCAUCUUGGAAGGAAAAUUAAAUGAACAAAUUCAGCAACGUGGAACGGUCCCUUCAGAGUUUCUCUCGGUAGUUGAAAGUGACAAGAGGGGUUGUUUUAAAGAAUGUAAAAAAGCUCUUGCGAAAAUCGGUUAUACUCAAGUAAGUGAUGAAGAUUGCAACAGUAUCAGAUUUGUCUGUGAGUGUGUUUCAAGGAGAGCUGCCCAUCUUGCAUCUGCUGCUUUAGCAACCCUCAUUAAUAAGAUGGGAUAUUCAUCAUUAACCAUUGGUGUUGAUGGUUCCUUGUACAGAUAUCACCCUCACUUCCAUGACCUGAUGGUUCAAAAAAUAAGUCAGCUCAUCGAUGAUAAAAUUAUGAAUGUAAAUUUGAUGCUGUCUGAGGAUGGAUCAGGGCGUGGUGCUGCUCUUGUUGCUGCCUCCCUUUAUUAG